AUGAGUGUAAUUUGCAAGUGGUCUGUGUUUCAGGUUCAAGAAAACUCACCAGGUCAGGCGGCAGGCUUGGAACCGUUCUUCGACUUCAUUGUUUCUAUUGGAAAUAUUAGAUUGGACAAGGAUAAUGACACCAUGAAAGAUAUCCUCAAACAGCAUAUAGAGAAGCCCAUCGAAGUAACGGUUUACAACAGCAAGACGCAGACCGUGAGGCAAACUACCGUUGUACCUUCGGAAAUGUGGGGUGGCCAGGGUUUGCUUGGUGUUUCAAUCCGUUUCUGUUCAUUCGAUGGCGCUAGCCAACAUGUUUGGCAUGUGGUUUCUGUUCAGGUUGGUUCUCACUGGUUAUUAAGUGACUGA